GGGCGGCGGCAGCUGCAGCCCGGAGCCGAGCGGAACUGUCCAAGCCAGAGCUGCCCGACCCGCGCUGCUGCUGGUGGCGGGGCGAGGGCCAUUUCUUGGAGGAAUCAGAGUCGGCAGGAAGAGGAGCUCGGUGACUCUGGGAAACCAGGGCGCUGUUAAAAGGAAUUGCAUUGCUUGUCAAAGCCUCAAGUUAUCCUGUGGAGAAGGAGUCGCUCACUGUCUUUCACAGUUUAGAGGAACAUCGGCAGCAUGGCCAGUGUGCUGUCCCGGCGCCUUGGUAAACGGUCCCUCCUGGGAGCCCGCGUGUUGGGGCCACCUGGGGCUGCCCCGCCUUCGGAGCCUCAGGCAGAGCUGCUGGAGGGGGUGACUCCCCAGCCCUUCUACGCUUCAAAGGACACUUCCUGUCGGGAGCAGCCCAAGGAAGUCCUCAAGGCUCCCGCCUCCUCAGGCCUCCAGCAGGUGGCCUUUCAGCCCGGGCAGAAGGUUUAUGUGUGGUAUGGAGGUCAAGAGUGCACAGGCCUGGUGGAGCAGCAUAGCUGGGCAGAGGAUAAAGUGACUGUCUGGCUGCUGGACCAGAAGUUGCAAAUCUGCUGCAAAGCGGAGGAGGUGUGGCUGGCUGAGGUGCAGGGCUCCCUGCCCCAGGGGCCCCUCCCGGAGCAGGGGACCCAGGUGCAAGCCUACAGGCCUGUCUCCAGGAACAUUGAUGUCCCAAAAAGGAAGUCCGACGCAGUGGAAAUGGACGAGAUGAUGGCGGCCAUGGUGCUGACGUCCCUGUCCUGCAGCCCCGUCGUGCAGAGCCCUCCUGGGGCCGAGGCCAACUUCUCUGCUUCCCGCGCAGCCUGUGACCCGUGGAAGGAGAGCGGCGAUGUGUCCGACAGCGGCAGCAGCACCACCAGCGGACACUGGAGCGCGAGCAGUGGCGUUUCCACCCCCUCGCCCCCCCACCCCCAGGCCAGCCCCAAGUAUCUGGGGGAUGCCUUUGGUUCUCCCCAAACUGAUAAUGGAUUUGAAACUGAUCCGGAUGCUUUCCUCUUGGACGAACCAGCUCCACGUAAAAGAAAGAACUCCGUGAAGGUGAUGUACAAGUGCCUGUGGCCAAACUGUGGCAAAGUUCUGCGCUCCAUUGUGGGCAUCAAGCGACACGUGAAAGCCCUCCACCUGGGAGACACUCUGGACUCCGACCAGUUCAAGCGGGAAGAGGAUUUCUACUACACAGAAGUGCAGAUGAAGGAGGAAGCUGCUGUUGCUGCUGCUGGCACCCCUGCCGCUGACUCAGCCCCUGCCCCCAGUGUGACCAGCCCGCCCCUUGCCAUCCUUCCACCUCCUCCUCCCAAAGCCCAGACCUCAGGCCCAGAACACCCUGGCCUGGAAUCUUACCUGCCCUCUGGUGCUCUCAGCAAGUCAGCUCCCGGCUCCUUCUGGCACAUUCAGGCCGACCAUGCUUACCAGGCCCUGCCGUCCUUUCAGAUCCCCGUCUCGCCACACAUCUACACCAGUAUUAGCUGGGCCGCCGCCCCCUCCACCACCUCCUCCCUGUCUCCGGUCCGGAGCCGGUCACUAAGCUUCAGCGAGCCCCAGCAGCCAGCACCUGCCGUGAAAUCUCACCUGAUUGUCACUUCUCCACCCCGGGCCCAGAGCAGCACCAGGAAGGCCCGUGGGGAGGCUAAGAAGUGCCGCAAAGUGUACGGCAUCGAGCACCGGGACCAGUGGUGCACAGCCUGCCGCUGGAAGAAGGCCUGCCAGCGCUUCCUGGACUGAACCUGUCCAACCGGCCCCUCCUCUGUGCUCCUGGCCCUGGUGGCGGCCAGGUGACAAAAGGCAGACCUGUGAGCCCUCAGCAGACACCUACAGAUAACGAGUGGACACUGGGAGUUUGAGCUCUGUUGGCUGAGGUUUAAUACUUAGAACCUUUUCUCCUCCCUCAUGGGAACAUUUUAUUUUUUUAAAAAAAGAAAUGAACAUAUUUUUCCCCCCUCUAAUAGGAGAGAGCCAAAACUGACCAAGGGUAUUCUGCAGCGAACUGGAGACCAAAGAAUUAAUUAGCCUCUCUUCCCCAUAUCCCCUCCCUCCAGGGGAUUUAGUUUGUAAGCCUCAAAAGAAGGAACAGCUCAUUCUGUUUCCUGCUGAGCUGGUGAAUUCUUUGCUUUCUCAACUUGUCCAGAAGGGACUGUGAGCAAGAGGAAUUUACUUUUCUUUAAAAAAAAAAGUUUCUGGCCAGUGACUCAGAGAGCAGGACCUGCCUGGUUGGGGUGGGGAGAGUCGGGGUAUCUGGGCGCUUUUGCAGUUGGCCCUCUUCUCCCCCGAGUCCUGGAGAAUGGAAGGCUUGUUCUCACCAUUUGAACCUGGGUCCCCUCAGACACUGAGUGGCAUCCCAACACACACACGGCUUCUUCUCAAAGUCCAGACUAAGAGGUUUUUAAAGACUGUCCCCAAAUAGCUGAGCCAAAAGGCUAAUAUGAAUUCACUUUUUGAAACGCAGCAGUAAAACACUACCUUGAUCUUCUUUCCUCUUUUCUGGAGGGGAAAAACGAGAGGGUUUUAGCAGCUGUGGAAGCUCUCUCCUGUUAUCCGAGGCAUGGAAAUGGCACCUCUACAACACUUUGUUUUCUUUUUGUAUGGUGUAUUUGGAAGCCUUUAGCUGAUUAAAGUUCCCUUUUAUUUGGGUGGUAGGUUCUGCUUUGUCUCUGGUUUCACUGGGAUUUCCCCAUUUCCCUCCCAAGGCUGCAGGCAGGGCUGGUGGGGAAGGAGACAGACAGCAGGGAUAGGUAGGUAAGUGGCAGCUUGCCCCCACUGGUACAGAAGGAGCUGACAGGUCCCUCAUUGUUUGAUGGGCUCACUGCCCCUUUGGGAGCAUUAAGAUCUUCUUUGGUCUCUUCGGUCAACGCAAAGCCCCUUUGAGGCUUCUGGACUUUUGCAUAGUUUUGGUCCAGUCCAGGUGAUGAGGUGGGUCACUUUGAUGCAUGCAGCCUUCCCAGACACCUGCUGGACACCUCCUUGCCUGAAGGCAGGGUGAAGGAGGUUUGCGGGAGAGCUGAGGAAAUAGAGUGAGGGGGCCUGGGGCUGCAGUCACAGCUCCUAGCGCUUCAGCCCCUGGUGUUCGGGAGCCUGGCCUGCAUUGCUCCGGGGCUUACUGUGCACAGAGAGCAUGUGUUUAUUUUGGAACCUUGUGGGUAACCGUGGGGAUUCUUUGGGGCCUGCGUGACCUGAACCACCGGUACCCAGCUGCCUGGGACCUAUGUUCUCAACGUCAGGGGUUCGGGGAGCCCCACCAAGCCACCUCCCUGGGGAGUGAACAGCGGCACCCACCCCUUGGCUCUAGUUGAGGGCCAGGUGGAAAUACCUGGCUAUUUGAAGCAUAUGCCUUUCAGUCUGAGACAGGUGGGGUGUUAGAAAACUUGCCCACCUACGAAUAGGGGUGUGAUUUUGUGAAGGGUGAUGGGGACCUGGGUGCGGUGACAGAAGGGAAAGACAGUUCUGCACAGGUGUCUUGGGUGGUGAUGGAGUACAUUUUUAUACCUUAAUGAAAAAUUAUAUGUGGAAUCUGUCCCUUGGUAAAGCUCAAAACCAGGCCAGCAGGAGGUGGCCCAGAGCUCUUCUUCCUGUCCCUUCAGCCCCUCUGAGAAUUAAAAGCCAAUAGUGGGUUGUUUCUUGUCCUGACCCGACUCACCUUCCACACUGCCCAUUUUCAGCUCUUCUUGGGGAGGGGAGGGGGUGUUUGAGACACGGGGACUCUGCCCGGCGGUAUCUUCCCUUCCCUUCCCUUCUUAAUCAGAGCUCUUGCUGAGUCUUGUCUUUAGAAAAGCUGUUUUUAUUUUCUCUCUCAGUUCGGAUCGUGUAGAUGUAACUGGAUAUAAAGAUUUUCACUAAGGGAGGUAGGUUGCUCAUGUCAUUGAUACAUAAGACAGAGAAGGAAGAGAGAAGGAAGAAAUUGAUCAAAGAAUUGAAAAACUGAGGUGGUUUUAUUAUUAUUUUUUUUAAUGUCUUGUUUUGGUGCAGCUUCCCCCGUGCGCAUUUGUUCCGCUCUUAUUUUUGGUGGUGGUGGCCUCCCUGGCGUCCCUCCCCCCUCACCUCCGCCUCGUGGCUGUUGUGUUGGUUCUUGACAUGUGGUCUGUCCAUGGGGUUACCCCGUUUGUUUCCUCUCGGAGGGUGGGGGUGGUUUGUGAACUGAUCCAGCGAUCAUGCCUGUUGUUUUCAUCUGUUUCUCUCUCCCUAUUUCCCAGCCCACCUGGGCAGCAGAACCUGACAGCAGGUAAGAUGCCCAUUUGAAACUGAUAGGACUGAUUGUCAAAAGCAGUUGUCUUGGGAAACUUUAUUCUGGUGAUAGUGCCCUCAUUCAACAUAUUUCUUGGGAUGGCCUUGGGAGUCUGUGCUGCCUGCUCGGUCCAGCUUCAGUGAUGCUACGUCUGCACCCAGGCUUAGGGCAGAGCAAGAUCCCGAAUGUCUGUGGUCCGGCGAGGUCACAGAUGCAAAGCACAGGGACUGCCUAGUGGGUGAAAGGGCUUGGUGGAGAAAGCAGUCCUGUGAUUUCAGAGAGCCUUCUGAGCAGCGUCCCCGUUGUGACAGUGAGCUUAUGUAGCUUGGCUCUUUGAAGGACACUAUUAAUUUGGAUUAGGAAACUCUGAUUUCUGAUUUGAUGAAAUCUGACCUGUUACUUUCUGGUCCUCUCAGGUUCUGACUUUACCAGGGGCAAAAAAAAAAAAAGAGAGAGAGAGAGCGAGAGCGAGUGAGAGAGAGGGAGGGAGAGAAAUCCCAAAUCCCAUCUGUGAAUUUGUCUUAUUGGCGCCUUUUCCCCCAGCUGUCUUCCAAGUAUUAUUUUUACUGUUAAAAAGUUUUUUUUUUAAAUGUGAAAUGUAAUGUUUUUACAACAACAAUAUGAAAUAUAUUUUAUAAGGAAUAAAA